CCGUCCCCCCGGCUCCUCCGGCGUGCAAUGGCUUAACAGGAGAGACAUGAGUGUCCGGGCGGAGGACAGCAUCACCUUGUGCCAGAGGGCUCUGCAGAUCGUGACGGAACUUUGUCUCACGGGCCACGUCGACCGGGAGAAAUGCUCGGAUAUAUUCCCCCUGGAGAGCAACAUACCAGGUGCACAUGCUGCCCCCUCUUUCUUACAGCUUGCUUUCUCUCCUGUUUUCUCUUUCUCCCUUGCAUGUUUGUCCGUCAUAUUUUGUCCCUCGCUUGCCUCUCCUGUCCCCCUUUUUCUUGUCUCCUCCUCUGUCCUCCUCUACUGGUCUCUCCAUGGUUACGUGUAGACAUCUCUAUUAGUCUGCUUGCCGUGGUCGUAGGUUUCUGUGGCCUCGCCCUGUUGGUAGUCUCUCUCUUUGUCUUUUGGAAGCUGUGCUGGCCCAUCUGGAGGAGCAAAGCUCUGUCAGCCCACGCUGAAAAUGGUCUCCACGUGGGCUUCCCCGAGGCGCCUCCACCCAACUCCCCGCCGAUCACCGAGUGCAAAGCGCCAGAGGUGGAGAAGAAGCGCCCGCCAGAAGUGAAGGUGGGCGGACGGAGCACGGUCAAGCUCCUGGAGGCGGCCAUGAAGAUCAGCCAGACGUCCCCGGACAUCCCUGCCGAGGUGCAGACGGCCCUGAGGGAGAAGCUCACCCAGCAAGCUAAGAUCCAGAGACAGACCACAGAGCCCACCUCCUCCUCCAGGCACAAUUCAUUCAGGCGCCACCUGCCUCGUCAGAUGAAUGUCACCAGCGUUGACUUCAGCAUGGACGCCGUGCCUCUCCGCCAGUCUUCGACAGUGAGCAUCGGAAGAAUAAAACCUGAACUGUACAAGCAGAAGUCUGUGGACUCGGAGGGCGAGGCCACUGAGCCCGUGGAGACGUGCGGGAAGCUGAGCUUCUCGCUGCGCUACGACUACGAGGAUCAGGCUCUGGUGGUGAGGAUCCUCAAGGCCUUGGAGCUGCCGGCCAAGGACUUCACGGGCACCUCCGACCCGUACGUGAAGAUCUACCUGCUGCCGGAGAGGAAGAAGAAGUUCCAGACGCGUGUCCACCGCAAGAAUCUGAACCCCAUGUUCGACGAGACCUUCUGUUUCCCCGUCGUGUACGACGAGAUUUGCAACCGCAAGCUGCACUUCAGCGUGUACGACUUUGACCGCUUCACCAGCCACGACAUGAUCGGCGAGGUGGUGGUGGACAACCUCUUUGAACUCUCUGAUCUUUCCAGGGAGGCGGUGGUGUGGAAGGAUAUUCAUGCAGCAACUACAGAGAGCGUGGACCUCGGAGAGAUCAUGUACUCGCUGUGCUACCUCCCCACAGCGGGGAGAAUGACCCUGACAGUCAUCAAAUGCAGAAACCUCAAAGCCAUGGACAUCACAGGCUCUUCAGAUCCGUAUGUCAAGGUGUAUCUGAUCUGCGACGGACGGAGGUUGAAGAAGCGGAAAACAACGACCAAGAAGAGCACGCUCAACCCCGUGUACAACGAGGCGAUCAUCUUCGACAUCCCCCCCGAGAACGUGGAACAAGUCAGCUUGUCCAUCAUGGUGAUGGAUUACGAUCGGGUUGGACACAAUGAGGUGAUCGGUGUGUGUCGCGCCGGGCCGGACGCCGAGGGCCUUGGACGGGAUCACUGGAACGAAAUGUUGGCGCAUCCACGGAAGCCCAUCACACACUGGCACGCGCUGGGAGAGAGGGAGUCUCAUAUUAAACCUGCAUCCGGCUCCCUCGGCCGUAAUCUGCUCAUGCGAUCUGACACCACUGGGCUGAAAUGAUCUGUUUGCCCAUGAUCACAUGGCCCGGAAGAGCAGCGAGCUUUGAGAGUCAAGGGUCGUGUCCUUCCCCCAAACCGCCGCAGACACCGUGAGACGGCCACAGGUAGAGUGAUAACGGGACUGUGAGAGAGAACAGACGUUUGCUUAGAGCUGCUGCAAAGCUGUGUUGCCUAUUGUGAUCACGUUGUGCAGAAAAAAACUGAAUCCAUUCCAACAUGUUUCUUACCUGUGGAAAAAAAACAAAGGUUGUGAUGAAACUGUGUGUAUUCACUCAUUCAAGCUGCAGCUCUUGAAGGGCUCCACAGAGCCGGCUAUGCACAGCACCAACUGUCACUCAACUCGAGAGUUCGUUUUUCCUACAGCUGCUGUGACGUUUUGUUUUGCGGACCACAUGAAUAGUAGACUUCACUGCGAGAUGUCCUCAGCGAUUCACGUCCAGCUAUUCAAUCAGUAUUUCUGGGCCCUGGAGUGAGUUAUAGAGCUGGAGUGAAACCGCGUUUUACUUUGAAAUGGCACAAAGUCAAAAGGGCUACUCUGCUCAGUGCCAUUAAAGCGUUUACUUGAUUGAGGAAUAGUCUUUAAAUCCAGCGAGGCCUGAUCUAGUUUUCAGGUAAUUGAGCGUCUACAUGUUCUGGGUAAAUUUCCCAGUCAUUGUUACCUGCAGAUAUCAGAACCGUCGACAGGACUCUUGGAUCUAGAGAAGCAGAAACAUGUAGCAAACAUAUGUACAGAGAGAUGAAGAGCAACUAGAUUCAAGAUGUGUGUUUGAACUAUAAAGUGAAGUCGUUUCCAAAAACCGGGCAAACCUAAUUUUAGAUUACAAUCUCAUAUUUAUUUUUGUAUUCACCAGAUAGAUGUCAGAAUAUAAUUGCAAAUUGAACAAGUAGCUUAUAGAAAUUAUUUAAUCAUCCUCUCAUACUACAGGUAUGUUUGAAUAUAGGUAAUUUACUACCUGCCUAAACAUGUCCCUUGUGUUUCUACUUCAAGAAUUAGUUCUAAAAAGAUAAAAUACAUGUUAAAUACAUUUAACAUCAACGUUUAAACAUAUGAAGAACACAGUAUCCAGAUUGUAACUGAACUUUUCAGUCAUCAACUCAUUAUCCAAGUUACCUUCAUGUUCGUUCAACACACAGAUCAGUCCUCAUCCCGAAAACAUUUUCUUGUGCAGUGUUAAAAGUGAAACACAGAGUUUUAAAAUAUGAACAAAAAAAGCAGGAAACUAAGCAGGUACAGUAAACUGGGUCCACGUCACAUACUGGUGGUGUUAUUAUAUCAUAUUAUUUAUGCAGCAAUCAAGUGCACAUUAAAGGCCCAGAACAAUGUCGUGAUUUUAAACUGCGAGCAAAAAAGUGAUAAGCCUGCUUUUGUUUGUUUGUUAUUAUAAUUAAGAGAAUAGAAGUAAAUUAGAUUAGAUUAGAUCAAAUACAAAAUAUGAGAAAAAAAGUUACUGCACAUUGCAAAAAAACACAAAUAGAGGGCUUCAAAUUAUUAUUAUUAUUAAUUAAGAUAAAAAACACUUAGCAUAGUGUGUGAUUGUUGCUUUUAUUUAUGGACGAUGUGGUUUUAUUCGUGUAAAAUCAAUUAACGGCACAAAGAUGAACCGAGUAGUUUGUUUUUUUAUUCCAUAGUGACAGUGAGCAGGUGUGAGUGAGUGAGUGACUUCACACACAUGACGAGUCUUCAAUCAGGGACCCGAGUCAGUUAAUUAGCGCGGUAGAGACGCGGCGAUCAAUUAAAAAAAAGCCAAACUUUAUUGUACAGCUUUUUUCUUCACCUGUUACAAAUUCAGGGAAUUGCUAAUCCAUGAAAAAAACUUUAAAAAAGAAAGAUACACAUGUACUUUCAAACAUUUGCAAACAUUCUGUUGAUGUUUUUUUACAUUAAGCCAUAUGAAAUUAAGCUCAGUGCAUCGGACUCAGCUUCUCCUUUGUGAGUAAUAAAAACCCAACAUAGCAAAUAGAAAGAAAAAGGCUAUGUACUGUUAUCUAACUUGCACACGUACCGAUGCAUCUUUCCCUGUGCCGCCCUCGAUAUUGAAUAUUUCUACGUGUAGCAUGUUGUUCAUCACUUACUGAAGGGGAAAUGGAUGUGACAUUUCAAACUUGUGUGUGUUUACAUUUGUAUAUAUACAGUAUACUUGUCAAUGGCACUGUUUAAAUAUAUAUAUAUAUAUAUAUAUAUUUUAAAAAAUAAGUUGUCGUUAAAAUGAUCAAAAGAAACGAAGAGACGUCUUCACAACGUGUCUUUCUAUUGUUUGGUGUUAAUUUGAACAGCGCGGACUUGUAAUCGAGUGACAUUUAUACACGUUCUGUAAUAGUUGUGAGCAAUUAGUCCAACUGGGAACCCAGUGACGCCGACUCUUACCUUAACCAGUAACUUCAUGUUUAGAGCAGUUUAGAGCUUUGAUCGCUGUGAUUGUUUGCAUAUUGAGUGAAUCUACGGUAAAUUUGAGAACAGCUGCACCCCCCACUGUCAUGACGUGUACAGUUUGUGAUAACUUUUGUAAAGAUUUAAAGUAAACA